AGUAAGGUAUUACUAAACGUCUUACACGAGUGGCUGUCCAUGAGAGAGAUAGAGUUCUGAUUGGAUAAGACUCAGAUACUGAAAGCAAUCUAGAGUGAUAGCCGAUAGGAUAAGAGCGAAUUGAAAAAACAUUACAUCCCUAACCACCGCGCGCAGAUCGGGCAACGGCGGUUCCCAUGAUGGCCACCCUAUUAUCAACAUCAUCACUUGUAUCUACUUCCACAUCCAGCUCUACAAAAGCACCCCAUACUCAAACUUUAUCCAAGCCCCAACAAGUUUGCUGCAUAGUAUCAAAACCAGCACCUCUAACUAAUAACUUCAGCUUAACCAGUGCCAUUGCUGCUGCCGCGGCUGCAGUUGUGAUCCUAUCAACGAGCUCCUCUCCAUCACUAGCAGACUCCCCAACCCCAAACACAUACAAUAUAUACUACGGGACAGCAGCAAGCGCGGCCAACUAUGGAGGGUAUGGUGGGAAUUCAAACAAGAAAGAUUCAGCUGAGUACAUAUAUGAAGUGCCCUCUGGUUGGAAAGAGAGGCAAGUGUCGAAAAUUGAGAAGGGUACGAAUGGAACAGACAGCGAGUUCUAUAACCCAAAAAAGAAGACAGAAAGAGAGUAUUUGACAUUCUUAUCUGGGUUUAGGCAACUUGAUCCGAUUCCAAAAGAUGUAGUGCUUAAUAACUUAGCAUUAUCAGAUGUUUUGUUGUUGGAUCAGAUUUCAAAUGCAGACUCUGUUACCUCUCAAGAGAGGAGAGAUGAGAAAGGUCAGCUUUACUAUGAUUACGAGAUUAAUGGGCCUGCCUCUCAUAGUUUAAUCUCUGUUACAUGUGCUAAGAAUAAGCUUUAUGCUCAUUUUAUUAACGCCCCUAAUCCUGAAUGGAAUCGCGAUCAGGACAUGCUCCGCCAUCUCCACAACUCCUUUCAAACUGUAGGUUCCUCCUCUUAAUUUAUUACAUACUCCAAAUAUAUUUAAUCUCUCUUCGAUCUAGCUGUAAUCAGAAUGAAUCUCUUAAUCGAUCUCCAUCUAUUUUAUCUAUAUACUCUCUUGCCAAUUUUAAUUGUAUUUGGCUGGCAAUGCUCAUCUAUCAUUGUACAUAUUUGUGUCAUUUAUUUCUUUGAUUA